ACGGACCUCCACUUUCGUGUCGCCGUUUAUAUUGGCAGCCAUAUUCAUCUCGCAACCCAUCCACCAGGCGAUAACCCAACCAGCAACCUACCCACUCCUCAUACUACUCCUGCAAUGUCCAGUCCUACGAUCCGCUGGGUCAAAUUUAUAGUCUACUCGGGUGCCAUCAUUGGUUCCGGUGUCUGGCUACAAAAAAAAACAGUUCCCAAUGAGAAAGACUACUACAACUCUCUGUCUCCCGAUCUGAAAGCCAAGAUGGACCAAAUCAUCAGACAAAGAGAAGGAAGCAAGACGAUGAAGGAGAAGCUGCAGGAAGCAGGUGACAAGGACGAAGUCAUCUGGGGAGACCAAUUAUCGAAGCGCAAGCCAUUAUUCCAAGACCGGAGAGUCUAGUGCGCAUCGUCGGGGAGGAAGGUCGGUCGGUCGGCUGAAGGAGAGACUGGGCCGGGCAAUGGUGUCCAAAGGGAGCUUCUCACUUGGGUUAUUGGGUUCAACGACGACCGGCAGGUCAUAUAUGCCAACCGUCAAAUUAGACAAAAUUAGAUCAGACAUCUGGCUAUUCUGUAUUGUGUAUUAUUAUUCUUGUAUGCAUGAGCAUCCAGCACUGGG